UUACCAUUAUAUUUGUUGAAUUCCGCCAAAAGCCAGCCGAUAUUGGUUGAAUUGAAGAAUGGGGAGACCUUGAAUGGGUUAUUAACCAACUGUGAUUCCUGGAUGAAUUUAACCCUUUCCGAAGUGAUUCAAACAUCUCCCAACGCUGAGGUAUUCACAAAGAUACCGGAGAUCUAUAUCAGAGGUAGUCAUAUCAAAUACUUAAGAUUGCCUGAACAAACUAUGGACUAUGCCAAGGAGCAAAAUAUGAUCAACAUGGAACAAAGAAACAAGAACCAAAACAGAAGAGGCGGAAGACCCAACAACAACUCCGGAAAUUUCAACAGAAGACGUAACGAUAAUAACAGAGGAGGUAACUAUAAUAACCGUCGUGGAAACAGCAGCAAUUACCACCAGUCCCAUGGUGCUGGAGACAGUUAGAGAUGCUCGAAGGAAUCUUGCGGCUUAACGAGUUACAUAGAUUUGUAUAUUAAUAAAACCUUUUUUUGUAGCUGGCAGUUCUAUUUGUGGCCAUACCCUCACCGAUUUUCUUAUGCCCAUACCAUCACCAUUUUAAGUCAGAUUUUGCUACUCAUACUUGCUACUGUAUUUGCCGCCUGGUUCAUGCAACAUCCACGCUCAUUGGCUUCAACUCCAACUUCUUCAGAUUCCAACCCAUUUUGGGCUCAAUAUGAAACCAUUAAUCGUGGUACUUUCAAAGGGUACAAAGAUAUAAGACGUCUGAGAUGCUUCAACAUGGGCUGCCGUACCAGCUUCAAUGCCCCUUGUCAGCACUGUCGCGUGUUACCAUACUUCCCAUCUCCAUUGCGGCAGGUCCAAUAUCCGCCCAAGUUUGACGACAUCCCAGGUGUUCUUCGUUCAGACUCAGACUCCAGCUCCAACUACGAUUCGGAUUCUUCAUCUGAGUACGAGGACAGCGUGAUCCUCCGGUCGGGGAGGGAACAAGCCGGACUCCGGCUUGGUGCUGUCAAUGCUAAGAUCGACAGUUUAUUCCAUCAUGGCAGCCAUGAUUUCAAGGGCAUCGAAAACCAGCAAUUUUGUUUGCAGCCAUAUCUUCACCUUUCACCACCUCAGCCAUCUGACAAAGGUGAUAAGGAACCCACAAAGUACAUACGGUUCCCACAACUCACCCAGCGUACCUUGGAAAGAAUCAGCAACAAGUUGAGAUUCAGACGGGCUUAGUUUACACCUUUGACGCUCCAACUUCUCAAAUCUUCUCUAUAGUUGGUCUCAUUAAUUAACCCAUGAAUGCACCUUACCUCUUCAUCCUCGUCGUUGUCAUCCGCCAAGUCAUCUUUCAAUUUCUGCCGCCAUUCGUCAGCAGAAUUGUUGAAUAUGCUAUUGAUGCAUACUUCCGGCGAAAAGUCCAAAAGAAGAUGAAGUUUUGGGUCCCACGUAGACUCCAAAAUCUUCUUGUACAAGUCAUUGACAAUGGGAUCAAUGAGCACAGGAGGGUCUUGGUCACCCUUCGUUUCCAACGACUUUUCCGGAGGAUUGCGACUCUUCUUGGUGCCAGACCGUUGAAUACGCCUAUCAUCAGACAUCGGAGACUGUUCCCGCUUGAUAGAAGUAUCGGUCUUCUUGUUCUCAGAUCCAAUGACGUCGUUCAAACCGCCAAAUAUGUUUCUCCGUUCGAACUGCGGGACAUUAUACUGGUUGUGGGAGGAUGACUGAGCAGUUGAAGAGGACUUUGAGGUGGUGUCAUGGUGAGUGACAGACUUAGAAACAGUUCCCGAAUCGUUGAUUUGAAGCAGCGUAUGAAAGUCGAAGCUGGCCGGCAACUCCGAUAGGUGGACGGUCAAACUCAAGAUGGAGUUGACUUUCGAG